AUGGCCGCAACUGCUCCUGCCUCGUCGCCCGUGCCGUCAGGCUCGGGCUCGGGCUCUGCGCCCGCUGCAGGCCCGAGUCUCGAGGUGCUGCGGCAUCGCCUCGCCGCGCUCAAGGCCACGCGUGCCUCGCUGCGCACCGAGCUGGCACAGCUCAAGGCGCUGCCGUCGCCGAGCAAGGACAGCGCAGCGCCGGCCCACGCCCUCGCCGCCGAGCUGGCCGAGCUCGAGGAGCGCGUCGUGCUGGCGCGCACUGCCGGCUGGACGGUGUUCCAGGCGGACCUGGCGCCCGGCCGGCGCGCCAAGAGCCAGGGCGGCCAGGUCGGCAUCGGCGUGCGCAUGGAGGGCUUCUGUGGAGGCCGCUUCCACGAGCCGCACUACCUGCUCUUCGCCCGCGGCGCGCCACCCGCUGACGCAGAGGUCACCUUCUCGACGCUCGACUCUGGCGGCAGCUCGACAUUGCCCGCGGCCAUCGUGGCAGCCGGCAUGCGCGCGCCGCUGCAGCUUGUGCGGCACACCAUCCCGUCGUGGGUGCCGCUGCCGCAGCUCGUGGCAGAGCUCUUGCCGCCGGCAGAGCACACCGACGACGCGACUGGAGGUUGGGACCUGGUGCAUGAGCUGGGGCGCAUGGGCGGAAGCUGCGAGCCGUUCCUGAGUGCGGUGUACGAGCACCUGCAGGCGGGCCUUCACCGGCGUGAGGCCUUCAAGGCGCUGGCGACUGGGUCAUCAGACUCUGCAGUCGAGGGCUACGCCUCAGCUGGACAUCUGGCCAAGCGGUCUCGCGAGACGUCGCGCCUUCGCGUCGAGCUUCGCUUCGUGCCGACAUGCGACCGGUUGGGUGCUCGCGUGAGCGCCGCACCUGCAGGCGCAGAGGUGCUCGAGUCCGCAACACAUGCAGAGGGCGGCAGCGUCUACGUGCAGCUGCUGCAAGGAGACGGUCAGCGGGGACGCGAGGAGACGCGGCGACGGACAGAUCUCGAGGAGCUCUUUCUAGGCAAGACUCUGGACGACGGGCCGAGCCUGGACAGCGCUUUCACAGAGGCGCUUCGGAUAGCAGGCGGGGCGGAGUGA